GUGUGCAGCAGUGCUUUUCCUCCGUUUCCGUUUUCCCGAUAUGCUCGGCCUAGCGUGUUAGCUAACGCGGCAGGCACCACCGGAGUUUCACUUUUCUCUUGCCACGACCAAUGGCUAACAAGUCACUGAAUCGUCUUCUUUGGAAAUUCUUUGUGCAUGAUUCACCGUUGAAGAAGAGACGAGAGCUAUGCCAAGGAGUACUCUACAGUGUAAUCAAGCGGUUUCAGUCACGUUUACCAGAAUCAUCAGGCAAGGAGUUAGAAGAUUCACAUGAGCCCAACAAAACGCCAAACUUGUCUGAGUUGGAGAAUAGGAGACAAAUUGAGUCAGGAAUGGACAGUGAUAGCUCUGGUGAUGAAGACACAAGUGAUGGAAAGUGGAAACUAGACUUAGCUUGGCUCACCAAAGCACUUGAGCCAGCUACUCAACUACGUAGAUGGGCUCUUCCAACAGGAGAGAAAUCAGCUCCUGGUAGUAGAUCUUUGUCUGAGAUCAUUGCUAGUAUUCAGAAGAGUAAGCUAGGGAUCGAAGGUUGGACUCUCGGUGAUCUCACAAUAGGUCUCUAUCUUAUUUACCUUAGACAAGCAUCCUUGUCUCCCUUUGAAGACGUGAAGGGCGUUCAAGUUGUUUCAGAAUCUACAGUUUCUGAUCUCAUAUACAACGCGGAGUUAGCCAAAGGUUGUUACAGGGACAGUGUGAGUGGUCUUGCUAAGAACACCAUGCUACGAGAGAACAACAUUCUUAAAUUCGUGAAAGAUUCAAGUGUUAUGAGGCCUGGCUACUACGUGGGAGUUGAUCAUAGGAGGAAGCUUGUGGUAUUUGGGAUACGCGGGACGCAUACUAUCUAUGAUCUUAUCACUGAUAUUGUCUCUUCAAGCGAUGAUGAGGUCACGUUUGAAGGCUACUCAACGCACUUUGGAACCGCUGAGGCUGCACGGUGGUUUCUUAAUCACGAGUUGCAGACUAUAAGAAGGUGCUUAGAUAGAUACGAGGGAUAUAAGUUGAGGCUUGUUGGUCAUUCUUUGGGAGGUGCUAUAGCUUCUUUGAUGGCGAUUAUGCUGAGGAAAAUGCCGAGGGAGGAGCUGGGAUUUGACGGUGAGAUCGUUUCAGCGGUUGGAUAUGCGACGCCUCCUUGUGUUUCCAAGGAGCUUGCGGAGAACUGCUCUGAGUUUGUGACGACUAUUGUGAUGCAGGAUGAUAUUAUACCGAGACUGAGUCAAGCUUCUUUGGCGAGGUUGAGAGAUGAAAUCCUUCAGACAGAUUGGACAAGUGUGAUCGAGAAGGAAGAGUGGAAGAGCGUAUUAGACCUGGUAACAAACGCCAAACAAGUCGUCUCCUCUGUGCAAGACGCAGCUCGUAAAGUUUCUGAGUAUGCAAAAUUUGGAAACAAGAACGACUUUCCAGAACUCCCUUCAUCCAAGAACCAUCAGUCUGAUUCUUUGAGCACUGAACCUACGACUAAAGAUGUUGUUAAGUUGCCAGAAGAGUUAUAUGUACCUGGCGCGGUGUACUAUCUGAUGAGGAACGUUAGAGGGAACAUGAAAAGCUCGGCAGGGAAGAAAGUAGAAUACUUUAGUCUAUGGAAGAGAGAUCCAGGACAACAUUUUCAGAGGAUACUUCUCUCAGGUAAUUUCAUUACAGACCAUAAAUGUGAUAGCCACUACUACGCUCUAAGAGAUGUGCUCAAAGGGUUUCCUGGUUUCAUCGACGAAAGCAUUUUUAACAAGAGAUCUAAGUGAUCUCAUCAUCUCUUGUUAGAACGCAAUGUUUAGUUUGUCUGCAAACAUUUUUUAAAUUUUUUCUAACAGUUUUAAAGAAUAAGUUGUCAGUUUUACUACACUUUGAAGAGUGUGUAUGGUUCAAUGAUAACAGUUUGUAUGCAAACAAUUUUAAGAAUAAACCAUCAGUUUAUCACUGCUUCGUGAUAAGCUGCCUGCCUUUA